CCCCCACGCCGCUCGCAGCCCCAUGCUCACUGGGGCCCCGGGGACAGCACCACCGGGAGGCCGAGCUGGCCCUGGGAUCCCAUGGACGGAGCAGGAGGCGAGAGGCAGCUCUGGCACAGGGACGGGGACCCAGGCACCCACCCGGCUCCAGCAAGGACCUGUGCCCAGGCGGAGCCCCUUUCCCCACGUGGCCUCCAGCUCCCUGCCCUGCGCCCCGGCUGCCCCAGCGAGGUGUGGGGCUGGUGGCCACCAUCCCUCCUGGGCCAGGCUCGGUCCCCAGACACAGACGCAGGCUGCUGGCAGCACGGGGCUGUGGACCAUGUCCGGUCACAGGACGUCCCUCGGGAGCCAGCGAUUGUUCCCGGUGGCAGAACAAUGCCCAGAGAGCUGCCAGGGCAUCACGGGCCGCUCCACACCGCCCGGCCCAGGAGCCACCUCCAGCUGCCUCCCAGAGCCCAGCUCCACGCUGGGGUCCCCCCGGCCCCCGCUGCCCGCCCGGCCCUGUCCUGCCCCCCAGCCGCCCUCACGGCUGUGCCGGUGCCCGUGGGUGCGCUGGGUGCUGCAGCACGGCACAGCUCAGCCCUUGGGGCCGCUCAGAGCCCAGGACCAAGCACCAGGGGCACGCAGCCGCGCCGUGGUCCCACCUCUGAGCCUCCCUGUGAGCCUCGUCCAGCAGCACCGGCACACAAGAGGGAGGGACGGGGGGUCACGCUCAGAUGGAGCUGGGACGGGGUCACGGGGACCAGCCCCCGUCCCAGGGAGGAUUUAAAGCCCUGCCUGCACCUCGCAGCAGCCUGGCGCUGCCAGCCCCGUGCACCAUGCGGGUGCUGUCGCUGCUCCUGCUCCUGGGGCUCUGCUGCCUCUGGGCCCGGCUGGUGGCUUCAGGUUUCACCUAGCUCCCGCCUGGAUUCCCCCGAGGACCCCGCUUGCGCAGCCGCCUGGCACUGGACAGCCGGACACGGAGACAUCCUUCGGCUGCAGGACGAGCACCCAUCGCCCUCCAUCCCCUCCCGCUGCGCUCAGCUCAGCGCCAGGCACAGCGCUCUCUUUGCCUCUUCCUUGCCAGUAAACCCAGCCUGCAAUCAGCACUGGUGGCUCCUGCGGUGUCAGUCCCCUGGGAAGCUCUGCUGGUCCCAGACGUGA